AUGAGAAAGAACCUGCUCCGAGUCCUUAUUUGCAUAUCGGAUCUAUAUAUAGGAAGCAAGGGUUUCGUCUUCUCACUACUAGUUAUAGUUCCCAUUCUCUCGAAAAUGCCUGAGCUUUCUAAAUCAGCUCCCGCACCCAAAAAAGGGUCUAAGAAGGCUGUGACUAAGGCGCAGAAGAAAGAUGGCAAAAGGCGCAAGCGCAGCCGCAAGGAGAGUUACUCUAUCUACGUGUACAAAGUACUGAAGCAGGUCCAUCCUGAUACGGGUAUCUCGUCCAAGGCUAUGGGCAUCAUGAACUCUUUCGUCAACGACAUCUUCGAGCGUAUCGCUGGUGAGGCUUCCCGCCUGGCGCAUUACAACAAACGCUCCACUAUCACGUCCCGCGAGAUCCAGACUGCUGUGCGUCUGCUGUUGCCCGGAGAGUUGGCUAAGCACGCCGUGUCAGAGGGCACUAAGGCAGUUACAAAGUACACCAGCUCUAAGUAG